AUGAGAGAUGCCACAAUUAAGAGAGCCACAAAUGAGACAUCCACAAAUGAGAGAGUCACCAAUGAGAGAGAUACAACCAAGAAGCCUACCAAGAAAACCAAAAAGUCCAAAAGAAAAGUUGCACAUGAUGAGGAGACGGUAGGAGUUGAUGAGGAUGACAUCUACUCUGACACUGAAUCACUUGUGGCACUAAGUGAUAGCAGCUAUGACACUGAUUUGGCUGCAUCAUCUGACUCUGACUCUGAUUGCAAUGACCCUGAGUAUGAUCCUGAUUGUGAAAUAGUUGAUGAGGAUGAUGAGGACGAUGUUCCUGUCUUUUCAUAUGAUGUUGAUGAUCCAUGUAUUGAUAAUGAUGUGAUAUUCCCAGAUGUUGAUCAGUGCAAGUCAGCAGUUACCCAUCAUGCUAUCUUGAAUGAUUGUGCUUUCCAUAUCGUCAAGAAAGAUAAGAAAAGAUUUAGAGCCAUAUGCAAGAGAGCAGAUAAGGGUUGCAAGUGGCAGUUUUAUGCAUCUACCAGCAAGAAGUACAUUGGAUGCAAGGUGAAGACGAGUGGACCAAAGCACACUUGUGGUUCAUUCAACAAAUGUGGUGACACGAUGGCCUCAAAUAAAUGGGUAGCUGACAGAGUGGUGGACUUGUUGCGGGACAAACCCACAAUGAGACCUAAGGAGUUGCAGGAUGAGCUGAAGAAGAAGUACAAGAUGGAUGUUCCAUAUGACAGGGUAUACAGAGGCAAAGAGAGAGCACUUGACAUGAUAAAUGGGAAGUGGGAUGACAGUUAUGAUUUGCUACCUACUUAUCGCGCUGAGCUUCUCAAAUCAGUACCUGACAGUAUCAUUGAGUUAGACACAGAAGAGCACAAUGGGGAUGUGUGUUUCAAGAGGUUCUUUGUUGCUCUUAAACCAUGUAUUGAUGGUUUUUUGCAAGGAUGCAGGCCCUACAUUGCCAUGGACUCCACUCACUUGACAGGAAGGUCAAGAGGUCAGUUGGCAUCAGCUGUUGCAGUGGAUGGUCAUAACUGGUUAUUUCCAGUUGCAUAUGGAGUGAUUGAGACAGAGUCUAAGGAAAGUUGGACAUGGUUCAUCCAGAACUUGAAGAAAGCUAUUGGAACUCCUACAGGUUUGGUAAUCAGUACAGAUGCAGGCAAAGGAAUAGAAGGGGCUGUAGAUGAUGUGUACCCAGGAGUGGAACAUAGAGAGUGUAUGAGGCACUUGUGGAAGAACAUGAAGAAAAAGUACUAUGGUCCCUUGUUUGCUCAGAAUAUGUGGGCAGCCGCCAAGAGCUUCACAAUUGAUAAGUUCAAUUACCACAUGGGGAAGAUAGAGGAGAAGAGUCCUGAUGCACUUUCCUGGUUGGAUAACAAUCAUCCAUAUGUGUGGAGUAGAAGCAAAUUCUCUGAUGACUGCAAGGUAGAUUACAUCAAUAAUAACCUCUCUGAAUGUUUCAAUAGCUGGGUGUCAAAAACCAAGGACAUGCAGAUUGUGGACAUGCAUGACAAGAUAAGACAGAUGAUCAUAACCAAGUUUCAUUUGAGAGGAAAGAUUGGAAGUAACAUGGAGGGCAGAAUAAUCCCAGCUAUUACUAAGUCUUUGAAUGCUAAAAGCAAGACUAUUAAGGACCAUGAGGUCUUGACAUGUGGAGCUGGAACAGCUGAAGUAACUGUGUCCACCAUCAGGCAUGCAAUCAACUUGGAGCAGAAGACAUGUAGUUGUAGGGUUUGGCAAGUGACUGGAAAGCCCUGUAGCCAUGCUUUAGCUUUCAUUGCAAAGCUUAGUAGGGAGGUACAUAUGGAUGACUUUGUCCAUGAAUACUUCUCUGUUGAGAGGUUCAGAAAGGCAUAUGCAGGUGUUUUUAAUCCAAUGACAUCGAAGCAUCAGUGGCCACGUAUUGACAUAGGUUGCAAAAUCAAGAAGCCUAAAUUGCGAAGGAAACCUGGGAGACCAAGAGUAUCCAGGAUCAAGGCAUCUGAUGAGGCACACACUAGGAAGAGAAGAGAAUGCACCGAAUGUCAUGAACUAGGACAUACAGCCAAGCAUUGCCAAGGAGGUCUCACAGCUAGUCAAAAGAGGAGGCUUUCAUCUUCAGAAAAUGCAUCAGGAGAGGGGAGCAAUGAUCCAAGUGUUACACACACAUCAAAGUAA